AUGGCUGCCGCGGGAGUCUCCCCGUCUAGCUCCCCACGGCUCCCCAGCCCUCCUCCGUUCACGGAAGUUCAGAUUGGGCCCCAAUCACCUUCCGUGGGCGAGGCAUUUGGGAAAGAUGCGGAUAGCAUAAUGGGUCCCUGUGCGGGCGAAGACAGUGGCUCUACACGUCGAAUACGCCCAGGCACAAAAGCUGCCGACAUGGCAUUUGGUCCGCCGUUGGUUCCUCUGUCUCAGUUGGACUCUCCAUUCCAGCUUCAAGAACACCUCAAGGCACUCUACCAUCACUUCACGAAGCCCGAGGGAUCAGACACCAUGGUCCCUAUUACCCGCCAUGUCGCAACUCAACUUGCAACACCCCCGGAGGGAGUCGAUCGGUCCCUGUGGCUAUACGAGCUUUGCCGGUUUCUGACGAUGAAAGUGAACAACCUCAUAAUUGCAUUCUUUGCGGAAAGUCCACCUUGUUCGGCGCAGACCUGCCCCGAAAUGCGUGCGUCCGAAUGGCAAUACCUCUGCGCUGUUCACGACCCGCCCAAGUCUUGCUGUGCUAUCGAUUAUUGUUGUCAUACACUUGACUGGGCUACGAAUACUCUCACCUCGCCCAAGUACUUCCCGAGUCGACUUACAUUAGGCGCUGAGGGCUCGGGUGGUCCGCAGGCGAGCAUGCGACAUUUGACCAACAUUUUUCGUCGUCUCUACCGCAUCUUUGCUCAUGCAUGGUUUCAACAUCGAGAAGUGUUUUGGACGGUAGAGGGGCAUGACGGUCUCUACGUCUUCUUCAAGACGGUUUGCGACAUGUAUGCUCUCAUUCCAGAGGACAACUAUACGAUUCCACAGGAGGCGGAAGGCCCAGACGCUGUUCAGUCCAGUAUCGAUGACGUGGCUCCAGAUAACCGACGGUUGACAAUAUUGCGCAAGAGCGAUGAGGGCUUUUCAAGCCCAAAUGUGGAGGGACUUGAUCCGGCUAUUGGCACAGGGGCAACCACCCGCCGUCACAAGCACAGCCCAUCCAUGGGUUCCCGAGUCAGUACGAUCACAGAAAGUGCCGAGGACAAUGAAGAUGCGCCACAACUUUCUCGGCCUCUUGAAGAAGUCGUGCAGGAGGAAGCCGAGUCCGAAUCUCAUGAGGAGACCAACGAGGAUAUCGGAGAGCCCACAGAAUCGACAGCGAUGGCAGAAGAUUCCAGAGAUUCUGAAGAUACCCAAAAUACCGAAGAACUCGAAGAGUCUGGUCCCGCUUCGCCCCAGACGUCCGUGUUACCUGUGGAAGAAGAACACGCCACAGAAGAAGUCGCCCAGGAAGUCGAUGAGAAGGGGAGCACUGCUUUGGACUCCCAGGAUGAGACUCCGACUCCGCAGGACACACAAGACACUCCGGUUGGCGAAUCCCAAGAAGAAGCGCAAGAGAAAUCUCAGGAUGAAUCUGAUGUAAAAGAGGACAAAGAGCAAUAA